ACAAAAAGUUUCUCUCCAUACCUCCAUCUCAGCAGGGUCAACAAGAGCGUUUUUGCUGUGUUAUUAACUUUAUUUCAAGCAAGUUUGUUUUUGCAUUGGAUAUAAACGAGCUCGAAAAUAGCAUUGUUAGUUUUGAAGAUAACCUGCUGACUGCCGAGUUCACUACUACCGUGGAGGAGUUUUUUGUCGCAGCGUCGGGCAGCCGGAGGGGUUUAAAGUUCAGCUAACAGUAGCGUCGUUAGCAAGUAGUUAGCGCCAUAACUUUUACCAAUUAGCUUAGUCACAAUGGCAGCUGUGUGUCAGCCUCGACGUGCCUUGGUUGAGAUACCAGCUCCACAGCCCAAAAUUGCAGCUCGGAUGAGGAGGUCCUAUCUUGAAAUCCUAAGUGGCCGUUUGGCUCCAUCUCCACUUCCAAGAGGGAGAAACACUACUUCAAGCACCAGGCGUGUGCAGUCUUUGGACCUGUCCCUUGAUGGGAUGUGGAGUGGGAGGAUAGAGGAGCAGUGUGAGAAGAUGGAUGAGCACCACACCCCACUGUCCAAACAGCAACUUGUACAGCUAAUCAGAUCCCUCAUCUUAGUCGAACAGAGCCAAGAGCCCAGGAUCCUGGCCUCCGACCUGAAGUAUCUACAGGACGACUUGCAACUGAAGAAGGCAAAUGUUUACAGGUCCAUACCGUAUUCACGGUUUGGUUCCAACAGGGACGCACACUGCUACAGAAAAGCAUAUCCUCAUCUGGUGGCAUUCAAAGUUUCUUGUCAGGAGUGGGGCCAAGUUCUUCUGAGGAACAAAGAGUGGGAUGCUGUGUUGGAGCACACACUGAUAGCAUGGCGCUACACCAGCGAGUUACCACAGUGGGAUACAACAAACCAUAAUGCUGUCCGAGAACAGUGUUACAGCAUUUUGGCAUCUCACAGCCUCACUGCUCUCCAGCACUACUGCCCUGAACCAAACAGAGGACGAGAACUGCUUAGAAGGUUGAAAAUGGCUCAGUUGCACAGCCAGUCAAUUGUGCCUUGUAUUCAGGAAUUGCAGAGGAUUAUGGGAUGUGCUGAUGAAUCCAUGGACACAAAGUAAUAAGGGAAACACUCAAACCAUCUGUCUACAGCCUCGCUGAGAAUGGUGCUUUGUGGCUCGUUUAGAUGAGCUUAAGGAUCUGUGUGUGGUUGAGGGCCAAAAAAUAUUUUACAUAGUAGUGUUUAAGUGUUUGAAAAACCACUACAGUAUUUUUCCAAAGGGUAAUGUAAAAAAUGCAAUAAAACCUCUUAAUCACAUUGCAUUAUUACAUCAACUGGCAAAUGUUUUGUUACAAGGAUUGUAACAUGUUUGUUUGGUGUAUCCCUGACUGGUUAAUGUAACUGUGC